AUGGCUCUCCGGCGACUUCCUGGAGCCUUCUGGCGGCCAAUCUGCCGAGCCCAGAGUCAGAGGCGGCUCUCCAGUCACUUGAAGCCUUGGGAGAAGCUCUCGGAGUCCGAGAAGGCGGCCUGGGAGUCCCUCGGCCAUGGUGAGUCCUGGCAUCGCACGCCUCAGAAUCAGAAGAGCCUGGCGAGUUGGGGCCAGCUCCAGGCCCACCAGCAGGCUGCAGCCAAGCAUGGCCUUGGACUUCAUGAAGAAAGCUGGGAGAGGCUGAGGGCCCAGCUUCAGGCCGAAGCCGCGCCUAAGACACCUUCGGUGUCUUCCGGUGCUCCCUUGGCACCCGACGCCCCGGGCGCUGCCAGGGCCGGAGCAGGAUUGGCCGGCGUGGCCUGGUCCGUCUGCAAGACCUUGGCUCCAAUUGUCGGAGAUGCCCUCGACUCGGCCAAACACCCCGGCCUGCGCCUCCUGGGAGGAGCUUUCAGGUACAUGGCAGACGUAAACGAUACCUUGGCAGCUCCUGUCAAGGUGGAUGACAUCGAAACCAUAAUGUACUUGGACGACUCGGGCUCAAUGCGUGGUUCCGUCCAAGGCGUGUUUGGCAAGUCCGGCUUGCAGUUGGGCCAAGAUGCCUUGGAUCAGGUGGUCCCUCUACUUCAGGGACCAACGCGUAUUCUCAAGUUUGGAACCCUUCCCAAAGUGCUGCUUCCGAGAGAAGAGCUCUCUGCGUCACAAGAGACAGCUGCCACAGCAACGCUGCUCCAUAGCGUGGUGGCCGCUCAGUGGAACGGCACUUCCGGCGGGACCUACAUGUGGAAGAUGAUCGAAGAGGACGUGCGCUCGAGGUAUCUCCCUGGGCAUGGCCGUUUGCGCCUGAUUGUCAUCACAGACGGGGAGGAUACCCACUCCCCAGGUGUUUACUGCGGCAUUAAGGGCAUGGAUGCACUGAUGAAGGAGUUGCAAAAGCAGGGCUUCGACGUCGAAUGGCACAUAAUCAUCAUCGGCCGGUUCCAAGCUGCGGAGCGAAAGCGCUACGAGACCUUGGCGGGUGCCACCGGGGGCUCCUUCCUCGCACUGGAGGAGGCCGAAGCCUUCCAAAGCCCGGCCGCGCGGCGCUUUCUCGCAGCUCUCAAGGAGAACCCAGGCGCGCGGCAGGCCCGGCAACAGGCGUACUUGGCAGACACAGCUGCCGGCCGAAUGGAGCGGGUGGAGUGGUUCAAAGCCUUACCGCCGCCAGAAAAAGGGCUACAACGGGAAGUCCCGAUGUCCAGUGCGCCCGUGCUGAUUCCGAAGACCAGCAAUGACCGGGCCUUCCCUUUCACUUUCCUCCUCUUUGCCUCCGCUUUGGGUCUUCAGGCCAAGUUGCGGUUUUCAGAGCUGCGCCUGGCAGAGGCGGGCAAGCAGGCAAUGCGGGAGGCGUUCCAGUAUGAGCUCUUGACGGAGAUCCAGCAGAAGACCUUCGAAUCCAUCCGCAGUGGUGCCGAGGUCGUGGCGAGGGCGAAAACAGGCUCCGGGAAAACACUCAGUUUCCUACUCCCUUGCUUGGACAGGCUGCACGAAGAGCAGGCAGCUCCAGGCGAGAUUGCUGUUCUGGUUCUCACGCCCGUGCGUGAACUUUCCAUGCAGGUUGCGGCCGAAGCGGAGAAGCUGGCAAAGUACUACAGCAGCAGUAUGGUUUGCAUGACCGGCGGUGUGCGGUGGGAGGAGGACUUGGAAGCUCUGAACGCAGCAACGGGCGCAGUGACGUUGGUGGCCACCCCAGGCCGGCUACAGAGCCAUGCGACGAAGACAGAUGGCUUCGCCGAUCGGUUAGGCAAAGUGCAGAUCCUGGUCUUGGACGAAGUGGACCAGCUGGCCAGCGAUGUAUUUCGGCAAGCGACGCUGGACAUCGUCAAAGUGCUGCCUCCGGCAAGCCAGCGCCAGAGCCUGUUCUACUCCGCCACAAUGGGGGAUGCUGUCACAAAGUUGGUCAGCCAAAUUGGCAAACCAGAUCAUAUUUACGUGGAUGUCAUCCGCUCUGACGAUGUGUUGGUGCCCGAGCACAUCCGCCAGACGUAUACUGUCUUGCCGACGGAGCGCAUGACGGAAUGCCUAUGGGCAUCCCUCACCAUUGCAGCCGCGGAAGAGGAAGCGAAAGUCGUCGUGAUCUUCAUGACGGGCCGCAUCGCUGCCUACUACGCCGAAGCUUUUCGGAAGUCAGGCACCGAUCUGCCUGUCUUCGAGAUCCAUGCGCGAAGAAGUCAGAAGCAGAGGACAGAUGAGUCGGAGCGUUUUCGCGCAGCAACCCGCGGGGUGCUUUUCACAAGCGACGUGUCCUCUCGUGGGUUGGACUAUCCAGGGGUCACGCACGUGAUUCAGAUGGGGGCAGCCCACUCCAAAGCAGAAUAUGUUCACCGCCUUGGCCGCACCGGGCGCGCCGGCCGCGAGGGUCAGGGGUUGCUCCUGCUGCACGAGUUCGAACAAGGCUUUCUGGCAGAGGUUUCAGACCUCGGGAUUGCCGAGGUGCCCGCGCCUAACGCAGUGGGGGAAAUGCCAGACUUCAUCGGCAUGCCAAUCGCCAAGAACGUCAAGGCCCAGGCCUACUACUCCCGGAUCAACCACGUGAUGCGCAACUCGAGCCUUGGCAAGCUGGAAAUCAUGCGCGAGGCCAAGAGAUUUGCAGCAUCGGUCGGGGCACUCGAUGAGGAGGGUCGCCCGCCGGAGAUUACGCGCGAGAAUGCCGAGAAGAUGGACCGAUGUGCCCCGAUGCCCUGCUCCAGUGGCAAAUACGAUUUUGGCGUUCAGGGUCGCCGCUCCAGAUGUUUUUCGUUGGAUUUUGAAGGAAUGCUGGGGGGCGAUGGCUGGAUGAGCGGCCUCACUUUGGGCCUCGGGGGCCAAGCCAGCUGCUUUCGACCAGUCCCCAUCGACUGGGAGGAAGUCACCCGAUGCUGCGCCCCCGUGAUCGGAAGAUCGGGAAGUGCAGAACCUAGCUGCCCCUACACGCCCCAGGGGUUUGAGAUCUGCUGUGAAGCCAGCCUCAUUGCUGAAGUACCGACCGGGCCCAGGGAGAGGGAGGCUGGAGCGAGCGUGGCUGAGCUCGCUUUAGGGAUGAUGGCUGUGUCUGCAGGAACCCCUUGUGGAAGCGCAUGCCUCUGGGCCACGCUUCAGCAGAUCCGGGCCCAUGUGGCUUCAAGCUAUGCAGGAGCGGCAGCGUGGGGAAACUCCCGGUACUACCGAGUGAAUGCGGUGGGUCAAAUUCUGGUGCUAUGCUGGGUUGCCAUGAACCUCUUGCACACUGCAGUCACCGGACCCAACGAAGAGCUGCACUUACAGGUCUCUGACUUGCUGCUUCUCGUGGCCACGUCUUGGGAUUGCUGGGAGCAUGCUUUUGCUUUGAAGGUUCCACUCUUUCGACUUGUGGCGCGGCUCUUGCAUCUCGGUUCUCCUAUGAAACCGGGGCCACAGCCUGGGCUUCAUUGCAACGCCACCGGGAGCAGUCCAAAGCGACUGUUGAGACUCUGGCGACUCCAGUGGUCCUUGGUACAAGACGCCACCUCUGUGGCGACGUCCUACCUGCCGAUGGUGCAGGACUUCCUGAAGACCCCCUUUACACCAACCUCGGCUUGCGAGUGGCUGGCUGUUGCGGGACAGUAUGUGCUGACAUAUCGCUACUCCGAGCAUGGGUUUGUAGGAUUGGAAGAGAAGGAGAGCUUCCUUCAGUGGGCUGCUCGAGCCAUGACGAUGGCUUUGUUGAAGGCAGGGAGGGAAAAGGCAGCUGCGACGUUCCUGCAGAGCGCGUGGCCAGUGUUGUAUCUCCUAGCGGAUGCUUGCUGGAUGGGCCUCCUGCAACCUAGUCGACGUAACGUGGCAGAGUUCUUACAAUGGAUCGCUCCCUUGUUGCCCCAAAAACAUCCUGUAAUCUUCGAGGCUGGGAGCUUCGAUGGAAAGCAUUCGGAGCUCAUGGCCCACGCCUGGCCAGAGGGGAAAGUCUUUGUCUGGGAGGCAAACCCACUCCUGUGCAAGAAGGUGGAGAUGAAGCUGACGAGCCUUUCCAAUGUCGUAGUGAUGUGUGGUGGCCUCGGCACGUCUACUGGCACCACCAGCUUUUGGCACUGUGGUGAGGACGCCACUUUAUAUUAUGAAGAGGCAGUUGCCCGCUGUGCUGCGCGGGCGCUGGAGGUGGUGGAGGUGCCGACCGCCACUCUACAGGCAGCUUCAGAACGAUUGGGAGUGCGGCCCGAUUUCUUGUGGUUGGAUGUCGAGAGCGCGGAGCUGGACCUGCUAGGGGCGUCCGUCGCACCAAAGGGCACGACCCGAGGUCCUCCGGUUUUGGCAAAGGUGGCAGUCAUGAAGCUGGAAACGCGGGAGUCCGGCCUUUCGUCCUUGAAGGACCUUGAAGCCUUACUUGCUUGGGAAGGCUUCUCAUUGGUGUUGGCGCCCGCUAUGAUACUCUACCCGAGCACUCCAGUUUACCCUUUUGCCGGCUCUUUUGAUGCGAUUUUCAUCCGCAGGCAUGUCUUGGAGGAGCAUUUAGGCAUCCGGGACUCCUGGGCUUUUGAACUCGACGCGGUCAAUGUGCCGAGAGCAGCAGCAGAGGAUGUUGCGCAAAACGUAGCCGACAUCGAGGACCCUUGCAUCUACAUCGUUCCAUCGCCGACGAAGCCCGAUGGUUCGAUUCAGAGAGAGACGCUAGGUGUCUUGCAGAUUCGGCCUGGGGCUAGAUCUUGGUUUCCAAACACGCUUGUGAGAUCAACGGUUGUGCAGGAGGUGGUUCCUUCCGCGCCCGUGAUCACGAGCUACUGGUACUCCUUGACGCCGUAUCCAGCCAGCGAUCAUUACUUUCCCUACCACGAUGCUGGGUGUGCACAUGUGGUUGUAAUGAGCAAGGCCGGUUGGGAUCUUUUGAUCUGCUCCAGCACAUCUAGGCGGGACUUCCGGGGCCUCUUUCGCUACCCCGGUGGCGCCAGCUCCGUGACAUGGAACAAGCGCCCGCCGCCUCCGGUUCGGCGCAUUGCGGUGCGCAGGGGCAGGGAUAGCUCAGGUUGA